AUGAGUUAUCGAUCCUCCAGCGCAUUGCCCUCGUCGAAAAAGACCCAUUCCGAGAAGCACAAGCAGAUCCUCAAGCAGCUUCUCAAGGAGAACGCCAACAAGUCGUGUUCCGACUGCAAGACUGCCAAGAACCCCAGAUGGGCAUCGUGGAACCUCGGAUGCUUUGUGUGCAUCCGAUGCUCAGGAAUCCACAGAAGCAUGGGCACCCAUAUUUCCAAGGUCAAGUCGGUGGACUUGGACGCCUGGACCGACGAGCAGGUCGAGCUGAUGAUCAAAUGGGGCAACGAGAAAUGCAAUGCAUAUUGGGAGGCCCAACUCCCCGAGGGAUACGUGCCCAACCAGCUGAAAAUCGAGAACUUUAUCCGUACCAAGUACGACUUGAAGAAAUGGGCCUUGUCUCCAAAGGUGCCGGAUCCCAUGACCCUCACUACAAGCUCGCCAGCUGCCCAGGUCGAGACCCCUGCGGUGCCUUCCAAGUCCUCGACCCCAUCCUUGCCCAGCAACGACUUGUUGUCCUUCUCGGGGGCCCUGCAACCACAACCAUCGGUGCCCUCCAGAUCUGCAUCUUCCUUGUUGGACGACGAUUUUGGUUCGUUCACCUCAUCUCCCUCGCCCAAACCGCAACCACCAGCUCCACAGCCACAAGCAUCGUUUGCCAGAGGUACCCAACACACCCAGUCCGCACAAUCAACCGGUGGCAGCAUGAACAGUGCUACCAACGGAAGACCUGACCUUAAGAAAUCGAUUUUAUCAUUAUACUCGUCUCCUUCAUCGUCAUCAAGUUUUAUUCCUCAGCAACCUAGACAGACUUACAACAAUUCCAAUAACGCUAACAUCAAUAACCUCAGCAAUUCAUUGAAUGGAUUGAACUUCAAUACGACUUCCUCGGUCCCAUCCCCCGCACCUGCCACCAACUAUGGAAAUUCCAACACCGGCUCGCCAAGUUCGACAAGUAACAGUGGCCAUGCAUCCACCGCUUCUUUCAAUUCUUACAAUAACUCCAACGCCACCUCCAACGCCAACGUUUCUCAAAACAAGCAGACUACAUGGAACAACGAGUGGAACGACUCUGGAUCCUCUUUGCCCAAGCAAUGGGGCAACUCGUCGGCCCCUGCAUCCAAUAACACUUUGAAAGUCAAUGGAUUGGAUGACGACUUGUUCAAGAAUGUGUGGAGUUGA